AUUAACUCCGUCUUAAAGGCCAAAAAAAAGAAAAAACGGGGGGAGAUAUGGCUGAAUCAUAUAACACUGAUGAUGAGUUACCUCUGCACCACCAUUCCAACACUGUCCAGAGCCCCUUUUCGACGACGCCUCUGCAAGUUAUCACCAUCUUGGGCGGUGGUAGUGGCGGCGGAUCCAUGAGGGAGACACCCAUAAGUAGAGAAAUGCAAGUAGAAGAUUCCCUUGAAGAUUGGCUUCCUAUAACGGAAUCAAGAAAUGGAAACACUUUCACUUCAGUAUUUCAUUUGCUUUCUUCAGGAAUUGGAUUCCAAGGACUCCUACUUCCCCUGGCAUUUUCCAGUCUUGGAUGGUCAUGGGGAAUCAUAUGUUUCUGGAUUGCAUAUGUUUGGCAACUCUAUACGAUAUGGAUUCUAGUGCAACUCCACGAGGUGGUUCCUGGAUCCCGCUGCAGUAGAUUUCUUCAACUUGCUAUCUCUGCCUUUGGUCCAAAAUUAGGGAAAAUACUGGCAAUAUUUCCAGUAAUGUACCUAUCGGGAGGGACAUGUGUGAUACUGAUAAUAACAGGAGGAAAGACAUUGGAGCUUUUUUUUCACACAAUAUGUGAAAGUGGGGGGACGUGUGAUGCCAAGUCAUUGAGUGGGACAGAGUGGUUUCUAGUGUUCACUUGCGUGGCAAUAAUGUUAGCUCAACGACCUAACUUGAAUUCUAUUGCUGGGAUCUCUCUGAUUGGAGCAAUCACAGCUGUUGGAUAUUAUACUACGAUCUGGGUGUCUACCAUAUCUAAGGGUAGACCUGAUGGUGUGUCUCAUGUCCCAUUACAAGCAGAGAAAUCCCAUAUGGAUAAAGUUAGCAUUGUUCUGAAUGCAAUUGGAAUUAUUGCCCUUUCUUUUAGGGGUCACAAUAUUGUGCUUGAGAUUCAGGGAACAUUGCCUUCAAAUACAAAAAAUCCAUCAAGUAAACCAAUGUGGAGAGGAGUGCUCAUGUCAUACCUUAUAAUAGCUAUAUGCUUAUUUCCUCUUGCAACCCUAGGAUUUUGGGCUCAUGGAAACAAGAUACCUAACCAAGUUGGAAAUGUAAGCAUAUUUUUGGAAUUCUACAACCAAAAGGCCUCAAAGGUCAUCAAGAUUAUAAUAUACAUGUUAGUAGUGGUAAACUGCUGGAGUUCAUUCCAAAUCUAUGCUAUGCCAGUUUUUGACAAUUUAGAGUUGAGGUACAUUACCAUAAAGAGUAGCCGGUGCUCGCGAUGGGUUCGGUUCGGCUUGCGGGUCUUGUUCGGAGGAUUUGCAUUUUUUAUAGCGAUUACUUUUCCAUUUUUGCCAAGCUUGACAGCUUUAAUUGGAGGAAUGGCAUUACCUCUAACUUUUGUUUAUCCUUGCUUUAUGUGGAUUUCAAUCAAGAAACCUCGGAGAAAUGGCUCCAUGUGGUGUCUUAAUUUAGGGCUUGGGUGCUUAGGCUUGCUUUUGAGUGCUUCAUUAGUAAUGGCUGCAAUACGAAAUUUAGCCACCAAAGGGUUAAAUGCCAACUUCUUCAAACCUUAGUAAUUAUAUAUCUUUUAGACAAUUCUUGUAAAUUUUUGUGAAAUAUGAAGCAAUAGAUUAAAACAUAUGCAUUUAGUCA